GCAGUUGAGUGCCCAUUGAUGCAUCUAGGCCGAGCAAGUAGAGCACAGGUAUUGUCGAAUGCCAUUGCAGGAGCCAGAAUGGCGAACGACAAGGAUCCCCUGGGAAAGCUGAAGGAUCUAGCAGAGCUCAAAGACCAACUCGAGGAGAUCCAGAAAAGAGUGGAGAACGAAGUUCAGGCUGGGAUUCCGCAGGGCGGCUCACUCUUAGCCUCUCCGUUCCUGAAGGGGUUCUUGGCGGGAUAUGUGGUGUCCAAACUCCGCGCUUCUGCCAUUUUGGGAGUCGCCUUGGGAACGCUCACAGGCAUCUACGCUGCCCAAAACUAUCAGGUGCCCAACAUUGAGGGAACCAUAAAGGACUACAUAAACUCUUUAAAGAAAGGCCCUGGUAAUUAACAGAGCAAGAGGGAGGUAAUCUUGCACCUGAGCAGAAUCAUGACUGAAGAAGAACUGACUCCAUUGCUGCUUAGUGUCCUUUUAGUGGAGUUUCAUAUUUAUGCUUGGUUCCCUGCUCUCUGCCUGCACCUUCUCCAGAAUACAGGACUAAAUAGACGUGAGUGAGUGAGUAUCAACGAGAAACAAACCUGUGACUAAGUUACACAGAUGAGAGAUGAGAGUUUCAUAAAUGUAGAAGCUCUUAAGUUCAUAUCAUCUCUCGAUGCUGAAAGCCUUUUCUGUUGAUUAUUGUAUUGCACUG